AUGAAACUUUCUCUACUCUCGGUAAAGGUUUUCUAUCGAAAGAAACCGAAGUUUAAAGAGCGGCGAAAUAGCAGCAAAAGUGAGUUGCGUUACGCGAGUUGUCACUACAUAAAUACUCCUUUUAAUACUUGUAAAUUAUCUUGUUUAUUUUUUCAAUGCAGAAAGAAAAGAGGCUCGCUCCAAAUCAAACCCGAAUCUCCCUGCUGCAAUGGACAACACAUCUGGCACCGAGGCAGAAAUCAACGAGUCUACGAGCUCGAUGAGUUGUUCCAUCAAUGAAUUCGAAACGUACGUAUGCUUGCCAAAACUUUCUGGUAUUAGUCAUUUUAUGCAUGAUUACACUUCAUGUUUUUGCUCAAUAUUGGGUAAUGCUCUGCUCUGGGUUUUAUAAGAUUUGCAGAUGAAGUGAAUGGUGAGAUUCCCGAGGUAGACUUCAGAGGGAAAGUAAGAAGGUUUGUCCAAUUAUUUCGCUGUUUGUUAUUCACACUACCCGCCAAUGUAUCUCAAACAUUUUUAUUUUCGAAAUGACUCGCGUGGAGAAAUGGCUUUUGAAAUGAAAAGCUGGUGAUAGUGUAAAAGAUUAUCGAUCCAGAGGAACAGAGGAAGUUUUAGCGUUUCAACAUCAUUUUCUGUUUGUCGUACUGCAUCCCUCACAGCGUCAUAAUUUACGCUAUGUUGAGCAUUGUUAUCAACAAGCGUGUCUUCUCUUUGUUCUUCCAGCGAAAAGUCCUUGUCAGACCUGGAUGACACUUCAAGUGCACUCACUCAGGUACAUUCCUUUCAUUUGAGUAAUUGAAGUUCUUUGUUGAAGUGUUUCUAGGAAAAGACUCUCUUUAACCGGAAGUUAAAUAUCAGCCAAUGCGCUCGCGCGACGUUCGCGGCAAGCUGGUGGAGUGAUCUUGACGUGUGAUGAGCUCACGCAUGAGCCUAUUUGUGAUAGGCUCCUGCAAUGGGUCACGCGAGUAUGCGGUUAGAUUGAGACCGUACUUUGACCGACCGUAAAUAAAAGCUUCGAAACCUCUUAAAUCUGUUUUCUUACUCGUGAUAAUCUUCUGGGAAGGAGCGAUCACGGAAUGGAAGGGGACAUUUUCUUGUAGCUUUCUUCUGGCUUGCUAAAAAUGUUGUCGAUCAAAGUUUCGCGCCUGGAUGACUGUUAGUGCCCUCAUACAAAACUUGCGGGAUUAUGCAAAACGAAGAAGAGAGUGAAAAUCGGGGCAAGCGAACAAAAAUGCGAUUUUCCGUCAGAUCAAAGACUAAUAAAAACCUAGCUCGAAGAAAAAUUUCAUAUCUACCUUGGAUUUUUAAUCCAAUGUUGAAGGUUUAUAAUCAGGUAAGGUAGUUUCAAAACAAAUAUGUACAAUUAUGCAAAAUCAAUGCGUUGAAACAGGUGUCUAAAUGUUUAAAACGUGUUAAUGUGAAUUAGUUGUCAUAGUGAGAUAUACAUGAGACACCGCUGGGGAAUUUGUCGCGUAUAGAAUUUCAAUAACCAAAAUGUACCCUUUACAUCUAAGACCCCCAUCUUAAGGUCGUGCAAGGUGGUUCAAAUUGUUGUUUUUCCUUUUUCAUGCUAGGUUAUAGUUAUUUACAGAAUCUUAUUCUUGCAUUAAUGUUACUCUGAUCAUCAAAUUUUGCUUCUUCACUUUUAAGUUUGUAAUCCAUAAAAGCUGAGUAAAAGGGAUAACUAGUGUCGGUAGGCGGCCGGGCUGGCCUGCUGAUUAAAAAGUCACCUCUUCAGUCCCCGGGCAAGAUCAAUACUCUGGGUCUUUAGUUACAAGGGAAGAAGAUACUUCCUUUGCCAAAACGAAUAGACCUCUCAUGGCAAGGGUGGCUAUGGACAAAUGGUGGUCCCAUCUUCAGUUAGAGGUGUAGAACAGUGUCUUUAAUUAGUACCUACAUGCUAAAUACACUGACACUUUGAUGAAAGGACAGACUUUAAGUAGUAGUAGAAAGUUAUUCUCCAUUGGCUUAGUCUUAAUCUAAAUCAGGAACAACCUUCAUAUUGUUUUACUUGGUUACCCUCUUCACUAUGUGGCCAAUCCAUGGUGUAAAAAAAGUCACUUAAUAUUGUUUAAUAUAAAUUAAUUGUAGUUUAAUUAUAAAUUAUUGUUAGAAUGCACUAUAACAGACCAUAAAUGCUGAGAGAAAGUAUGCCCUCCAUAUUAGUUGAGUCACCAAUAUUGGUCCUCGAAGUAACGGUUUUAACAAUACAUAAUUAACCUGAAGACAAACUGUAACUAGGUAAGGGAUAAAAGGACUCAAAUUUACAAGCUCAAAUUGAACUGUAUAUACAAGUUUAACUUUAUAUUCCCAGCGUCGUCAAAUUAACACCUAGUUGAACACUGUUUAGUAGCUUAGUAACACAUCAGUCUAAAAUUGAAUUUUAAUUAUGUGUUGUUCAACAACUUCCUGUUUUAUCACAAACAACCUUCAAAAUUUGAGGUAUGAUAUGAGAUUGGGGACUUAAAUAUCUUAAGUUAUUUGCUGCUGCACACAACCUUUUCCCAGGGUUAACAAUAUAAUAAUAUUUGCCUAUCUUUGAAAAAACAUUUGAUGUGUUCUUAUCACGUGAGGUUUUAGCUGAGACCUGAUAGGUUGUUUUGGAUCAGUUGUUCCUUAUUUGCAUGUGAUUCAUGACUUAGCAUUUUUUAAUUGUGUACUUUUACUAAUAAUAAUUGCUCACAGCGUGACGUAAUUUUAUUGAUUUUCUGCUUGAUUUAUUUCAUUUAUGGAAUGUGGUUUACCACCAAGCAACAUUUUUUGCAACUUGCCUUACCAAAGCUAAAAAUGUGGUCAUUAUUUAGAGGGGUAGGGUAGCAGAAGAUCAAGAAAUGUCAUGUUCAAAUAAUCCUUACUACUUGUCCACCUUCUCCUCACCUCCACACUCAGUUCCCGUCUUGUGUGCUUACCCACUCUUAAACUGUCCAGCUCCUUUUUUCGUUGCAAGAAAAUUAGCAACCUUCCUUACCCUCUAGGUUUCCUACAGCUAAUGUUUGGCAAUGUUGUGUGCAGUUAAGAAGUACAAUGUACUGUAUUAUGUACGAGACUACUACAUCAUGGGAAAGAAGCAGAAAUCAUUUUAUGUCACACAAAAUUGUAGUAUAGAAACAUUGUUAUCAAUAUGUAAAACUAUUUAUGUGCUUCAGAAACUCUGGUACAGUGUAGGGUGACUUAUUAUAUUCCAAAUACUGGAACUAACUUCUUCUUUUUAUAAUGUCUGUGCCAAAAGAAAGAAAUUAUUGUUUUUACAUUACCAGCACUAAGCAUUUAAAAUUUUGAAGACAAGUUCCACAACUUAAUUGCCUAUUUGUGUGACAGGGCCUUAAAUGAAACUAACAGAAACUCACUCCUAAGACAAAAUUUGUACAGUGGAAACUCUCCUAGCGGACAGACUCGUAAGCAGGCAGCUCUACUUACGGCCACCUUCACAAAACCCUAUUUUUCUCAAUUCCUAUACAAACUCUGUAUAUUUACAUUCCCGUAAGCAGCCAGCUCCAGUUAUGGAAACCUUUUUCACAUUCCGAGGAUGUCCACUUACAAGAGCUCCACUGUAAUCAUUUAAUGACCUAAGUUCAAUAAUUUUUCUUUAAUCAUUAUUUUUGUUUCCUUUUUUUUGUACAGUCUCAAAUAAUAAAAGCUGACAGGACUCCAAACUUUUUCAAGGUGAGAUUCUCCAAUAAUUCUCUAAUUUUCCAUUUAACUGUUACAGCAGUAGGACAAGCAAAACGUUGAAUGCUGGAAAUUUUCUCUGGAAUGGGACAUAAUUAUUGUUACCAUGUAUGCCCUUCAUUGCCCAUGCUGUUUUGGUUGUGUUAAUGGCAUGUUAUUGUUAAACAAAUGUAAGGACUUGUAAAUAUUACCAAACUGUUGUCUGAAAUUAGACUGGAUUACUAUACUGCCAAGUUGCUUUGCUAUAACUGGAUAUAGUGACUUUUCAGGUUCUUUAUAGACAAGCUUUCCAUUUUCUUUUGACUCCUGCUGCCUCCCUAUGGCUACAGUUGAGCUCACAAGCAUUCAUUAUUUUCAUUGUCACCAUUUCAAAUUUUUAAAUCAUUUGUUGGGGAAAAAUUAAUCUGUUUCCAAGAGUGUUGUACGUUCAUUCUUUUUCAUAUAAAUUUCCUAGCUGCUUACUGACUGACAGCUCUCAGCUUUGAAAGGUCUAUCUUUAGUGUGAAAUGAUUAUUCCAAGAAUUUCUCUUUUAUUAUUAUAACUUAUUUGGAUUUCUAGUGUAAAUUUUUUACAUCAGUGAGGAAAAAUGUAUCAAAAACCAUUUCCAUUCUAACAGUUCAUACUUUAGAAUUCUGACUGUACAUGGCAAAUCAGUGGACUCCAAUGAGCAUCAUAUAAUUAGGCAUUUUUAUUGGUACAAAAUUUAAACUAUUGCAUGAGAGUAAUUUUGUUCAUUUUAACUGUAGUUUACAUUACAAUCUUGCAUACAUAAUUCAACAUGGAAAACAUUAUUGCACUUAGAAAGCAGUUCUGGUAAUCUAUCAUAUACAUGUAUCUAUUUAUAACAUACUGCCAAUUAUAGCUUUUCUUUGAUGACAGGUUAUUCAAGUAACAUCUGUUUAAAUAUUUCUCAUAUUGCAUAAAUUUUUGUUAUUCCAAAAAUCUGGCAAGCUAUUGCUAAUUAAAUGUUCAACUAAAAAAGAUAUUUAUUUCUUUCUCUGUGUGUAUCAUGAUUAAACUCUGGUGAAUUGUUGCAACUGCUUGAUAGAAGUACCACAAGAGUAAUAUAAUCUGAAUAUUUACUGUAAGUAUUUAACCCUUCAAACCCCAACAUAGUAUCAAUAUACAAACUCUCUAGACUGAUUCUCAUACAUUUCCUUAAAGUAUUAGUUCAGAGAAUUUGAUAAAAGAUCAAAGCAUUUUUCCUUUGGUGAUCAUAGUUUUAUUAUUUCUCAUAACUUUCUCUUGAUAAUGUAUUAAUAUUACUAGGAGAAAAUUGAUGGUGGUCAGUGUUGGGACUUGAAGGGUUAGUAAAUUAUUAACACAAAAUUAACACUAACAGGUGGAAUUGGCACCAGAAAAAUUGACAUUUUUAUUAUGCUCAUUCUGGACUUAAUACUUUAGUAGAUGCCAUGUUCAUUAAAACUUUACAGUAUCAGUGAUCCAGUGCAUCUGGAAGUUAAUGAUUUCUCCACAAUGAUGUGUUGUGAGAAAGUUUGAUGCUGUCUUAUUAAAACGUUUUGCUUUGAGUUUUCAUUGUGUCUCCUCAGUAAUUUGCCUGGAUGUAGUUUGCAUAUCAGUUGUUUAUACAAAGGUAUCAUUUCUCAGUAUAUGUUUUUGACUCUACAUGGAAACUCCAUUGAAAGAACAUAAAAUGAAAGAUCGCUGUUUUGUUUUUCACAGCUCAUUUCUAUUGUGUUUUCUCACAAGACAAACCAUUUACUUUAUGGACCUUUCUGAUUCACCUCUCCACCUGCCCUAUUUAGCUGACCAAUCACAUUGUGUUUUGCUCUCCCUGUGGUCUCCUGUAACUACACAGAGGUUUAUUUUGAACUAUGAAUAUAUUAUCUGCUGAGAAGUAAUUUCAAAGGACUGGUCCUUCCUUUCAAGCGAUUCAGCAGUAUGUUCCUUGCAUAUUUUAACAUGACAACCCUGAGCAAAUUCAGGCAAAUUCUUUAAGAGUCAUGAGUCAAGGAAAAAGAAAAUUAAGAAGACACAGUAGUGUUUUUGGGAGAUCUAAGGAUGAUACCUUUAAAGCAACAAGCAAAGGAAGACGUAAAGGACAAAUCUUACAGAACAGAUGGGUAAAAUUUCCUUGUUUACUUAGAACCACCUUAGAUACUUGAAGUUAGAAAUGUUGCCUCAAUAAGUUGUGAGAUUUUGACAAAAUUGAUUUUCUCAUAGUCAAAAUGUGAUUCUUUCAGAAUGAAUUUUAUUGCACCCAGAGUUGUAUUUCUCAAUAAUCCAAAUGCCCCUAAAAAGAAAAAUAAUAAAUAAAUGUACUGAUUUUGUUGAGUGUCGCAUGAAGUAUGACAUUAUUACCAGCACCUGGUGGAUCACACGGAGAAUUUUGCUGUAACUGUAAAACUUUAAGGAAAGGAAGAGUGCCAGUGAAAUGUAACACUGGAGUUGUAUGAGAAGAUCUAAAGUUAUUGACUUUAUAUAUUCCAAUUGGAAAUUACCUGACAGGGUUGAAUGGUAUGUUAAUGAAUAUGUGUCACUUGCAAAAUGUCUGAUGUAGCUCUAAUUCAGAUGCCUUGUCACACUUUGGCUCAACUCAUUCUCAGGAUGGUUUGGAUAUCCCCCUGUUUGGAUUGUAGCACCAUUAAUUAUUUAUUUACAUGGAAAAAACCUGUAUGAGUGGAAAUACCUUCCAGUACGUUUUCUAACCCUUUUUAGUUUUUCACUGUUUUUUUUCUCUCUUCUUUUAAAAAAUGCAUCCAGCAUGCUAUGAGUUUAAUUUUUUAGUUAUUUUUAUGGUGCACAAAAUUAUUCAGUCGUGAGACAUUGAGCAUGAAGUAUUUAUGCACAAUUUGUUGCAAUAAAUGCAUUGUAGGUCUUGGAUCCUUUUAAUGCCUUAAUUUUGUUUAUAUUUGCAGUUUGACCAGUAGGAACAGAUUUACUUUUCAUUUAGUUAUAAGAAAAUUAAUUAUUUGCCAAGUUUUUUCUUUUACACAGACCUGCAAAGUGUAACUAAAUGCAUUUCAGUGACUUUUAACGCCAACUCAUGUAAUGAUUAUUAAUAAUACCUCAGUACUCAUUGUUAAUUCUUAUAUUGAAGCUAUUGAGCAGUAGUUCUACCUGUCGUUUCUUAUGUAAACAACUUUUCUGCGUUGACGUAUGAUUCCACUGGCUUCUGAAAAAUAUUAUUAUUACUAUUAUUAUUAUUAUUAAUCUACUUGUCACUUCUUGUGUAUUCAAGUUUUCUGUUUUCAUUGGCACUUGCACAUUCGUGAACACUUGCUUGAAACUUUACAUUUCACAAAAAUGUCAAGCUUCAUACAGCAGCAUAGAUUAAAUAAGUCUUAGUGAGGAUAAUUAAAAAAAAACAAAGAAAAGAAAAGAAAAAUUCUAAUUGCCUCAAAGCAAACCAGUCUUGUGCAGGAAGAAGUUUUUUUUUCUUUAUUUUUCUAUUUCUUCAUGACUAUGACCAAAAAAAUCAUAAUCUUCAAGUAAUUUAGCUUGUCAGUUUUGUGAAUGACAAUCCUUUGAAAUUGCAUAUGAUAAUUAAAGUCAAGCCACUGUUGUUUAUUAACUCUUGCCUUUUAACCAACUCUUCUUUCUCAGUAUAUCUAGCACACAUUAGAAAAUAACCUGAAUAGGCAUAUUGAUUUCUAAGAAGAUACAACUGUGAAAAAGAAAAUUCAGCUCCUCAUUUAUCUGUUAUUUUGCUCAUGUGUUUCAGAGGUGGUAAUAACCGAUUUGAGAUAAUUUUUAGGUUGGUGGAGUUUGUUUUCAGAAAACGUGCUGUUUUAAAUGUCAACAUGCUCUUGUUCAAAACAAGAAUGCAUGAAAUAUUUUUUUUGAAUCGCAGAAUUAAUUGUUCCAUUGUGUUGAGAACUAUUUUAGGGUGAAACUGUUGAUGUGUCACAUCACUUCAUUAAAAUGACAAUGAGUUAUCAGCAAACUGUCCCUGGUUUGCUUUAAUCUUUUGACUUUUACUCCUUUGGAAGUGAUCAAUAUCUAUGUCUAUUGUUGUAGUGGUUAUAUAGUGUAUCACAAGUUCAUACUGAUAAUAUUCAUAUUGUUGCAUAAAUUUUGAAGUUAAUUUCUGAAUAGGCUUUUUUGAAUACCCAGGAUCUUUGUAACUGAUGCCCAUUGAUGCCCUUGUCAGUUGGUUCUCUCAUAAUAAUUACUCACAUCAAAACAUGCACUCAAAUUAUUAACUGAACACUAAAUGCUUUUCUGACCUGCUGCUGUUAUAACAAGUCUUAAUUGUUUUUCUCUUUCUUCUUCAAGAAGACGGGUUGUUUAGUAUGUUGAUUUGUUGCGUCCACUGCAAGCAAUUAUUUAUCGUUGGUGUGAAAAAAAUGAUAAAGGCAAUUAUAACUAUUAUUUUUAAAAAAAGUAUAAUGUUUCAUGGGAGAGUCUAGGCAGGUAAAAUUGUUUAUUGUUCUGCAGAUGAUGUUUUUUUUUUUCUGUGAAAGUAUGCUAAUAUAAAUGUUUGCGAAGUUUUUCUAGUAGAGCUUGCUUUAGCAGAGCUAGUUGAGCUUGCUUUAGCAGAGCGAGAGUCUAAAAUUGCAAGCGUUUAUUUUUCUUUUCAUUUAUUUCGUGUGUGUGCACACCAAAAGGGGAAUCAUGGUUCCAGGUGUUCCUAGUGGAGACUGUGGAAACUGGGGAUAAGAAUCGCAACAUGUCAGUGCUCCACACAUAUUUUGUGAAGAACUGAAGCUUACAGAAGCUUAGGAAAGAUUGAUGUGAAAGAUGUCGAUGUGGUUGAAAAAAAAAAGAAUCUUUGUGAGCAAAACUUUGAUGGUGACUAAAGGCUAACUGGUCAGGUGUAGUCUUGUGAUAAGCUUGUGGUUCAUUUUCGGCAAUGAUUGAAAUAACAUGCCAAGUUCAUCACGUUUUAGUUCUUUGGCAAUGAUGUAAUUUCUCUCAUAUUGAGGCCUUUGAUUUUCGGGUAUUUAUGCACGCAUACAGAAACAAAUCGUCAAAUCUGAUAUAAAAAGUAUAUAUCCUGAAGAAUACAUGACUGUCGAUAAAGUAGGCUGUGAGAAACUUUUAGCGGGGAAAUCCUGUUUCUUGUAGAAUUAAUCGACUCCUCAUUUCUUAUAUAAUCCAAGCAAGCUUAACUUAACGCUAUUAAAAAGCGUUUUUGUUAUUAUGAGAGAAACUUUGCUUUCUUUCUUUUUCCUUCUGAAAUGUUCUUCAUUUUCAAUAAAAAGAGGCGAAAAUAACAAAGUGUUUUUUUAAAUACUUAGAAAGUGAAUGGAACAAAGUGGAACAUUAAGACCUGCAUUCAACAAAUCAUUAUUCAAAGCUGCACAAUAGUUUGCUAAUUUGCGUAUUUAACUGUCAUGAUCUUCUCUGCACUUAGUUUCAAGGGGAGGGGGCAGGGAGGGGGCAAACGAUAGGUGAAUUUUACAUUUUAGACGGUUUGCUCCCCAUGUCUAAUAGUUUAUAUAAUUUUUAUUAGAACCUUCCUCAGUAGGAAAACCAGCAAAUAAAAAUAUAUAAGAACUUUUAUUUAAUGACUUCAUGUGUCAAAUGUGAAGAAAGAGGGUUUAGGGGUAGAUAUGUGAAUAGCUAAAACUGAAAUGUAGCAUGUUUGCUGUGCUUUCACUUGCAGUCACUUCUUUCUACACGUUCUCCUUAUGAUGAGUUUCAUCGUCUCUUUAAAACUGUCCCUAUGGACCAAUUUCCAAUAAAUGGUAAGCUAAAGUUCUUUUUGUUUUCAUGAUGGUCCUAUUCUACAUUCAUUCCCGGGGGUGGGCACUCUGGGGCUCAAGUGACAGAGAUGAUUGCAGGAAUUUUUUGGGUUUGAAGUUUUCGAUUCCGGGAUUUAUUUGGGGAGGAUAAUUUGGCGAGUAUCUUUUUGGGUGGCUUGAUUCAAGAAGGGAUUAAGAAGGUCAUAGCUUCAACAGUGUUUUAAUAUUACUUAUACAGUCAAACCCCUUCAAUAUGGACACCGAGGGGCCCAUAGAAGGUGUCCAUAUUAAUGGGGUGUCUGUUUUAAGCAGGUCGAAUUUAGAGAAAGUGUAAGCGCUUCCUUUCCCCAGGGACAAAGCAAACUGUCUGUAAUAAUGAGGUGUCUAUAUUAAACAGGUGCCUGCUGUAAAGCACGGACACUGAGGGGCCAUAGAAAAUGUCAGUGUUAACAGAGUGUCCAUUUAGAGAAAAUUGAACAACUGUGUCGCUUAGUGGAGGUGGGUGCCCGGGAUGUCCAGGGGCUUCCACAGCCAGCCCCUAGACAGAGUUAUACCCCCAUGGCUGGCAAACCAGCACCCUCCAACCAUGAGCCCCCAUGCCAAUAGAACCAGGCACCUGUCACACUGAUUUAUCAGUGAAAAAAUUAAGGGUGGGGGGGAUGGGGGUAAAGGAAUGAUCCAAAGGCUAAAUGUAGAGAGUGGCCGCCAGGAAAAUGUUGUACUGAGCACAUGGAGGUGAUGCGAGCAAGGCUGAUCACACUUGAGCCAAACGACUGACCGCUGACCAUGCCCUUGCUCCUUGAUGUUAACUGUGUUGAAUAAAUUUAACGUCAUGUUAGGGCUUUCUCUCCCUGGGGGCAAAGCAAACUCUCUGAAAUAAUGAGGUGUCUGUAUUAACCCUUUAAGUCCCAAUAUCCACAUACAAAUUCUCCAAACUGAUCUCUAUACAUUUCCAUAAAGAAUGUGUUGAGAGAAUUUGGUAAAAGAUCAAAGCUUUUUCUCAUUGUUGAUCAUUUUAUUAAUUCUCAUAACCUAGUCUCUUGACAAAUUUUAUUAUGGAUAUCGUUAGGAGAAAAUUGAUGUUGGUCACCUUUGGCACUUAAAGGGUUAAGUGAGUAUCUGUAAAGCGGGGUUUGGCUGUGUUAAGAAAAAUCCAAGUGGAAAAAUAACCUAGACUGAUCAGGUAUCCUGUUCAGGAUGAUGCAGAAACCAUUGCAUCAUAUUCUUUUUGAUUGCUUUGAUUCAUAAAACCAACCUUUCAUUUUCGUUGUUAGAUUUUACCUGUGCUUUAAGUCGUGAAAUUUUGCUCCAAGGAAGAAUCUAUGUUAGCCAAGGAUGGGUUUGCUUCUAUUCAAAUAUAUUUGGCUGGGAAACACAGGUAUGGACCUUUGUCUUUGUCAUGUCCUUAUUGGUCCGCAUGGGCCACAAUCUAGUGUUAUUUAUUUAUUAUUUUGAUCAAAUUGUUUGUUUUUUUUUCAAGCCGUCUCUUAAAAUACAAUUUUAAUGUGGAUGUGUCUGUUUAAUGUCAUUUGUUUGGCUUACCGGUAUUCAAUUUAACUACAGGUAACGAUUGACUGUAAAAGGAUCCAGUCCAUCACAAGAGAGAAAACUGCCUAUGUUGUGCCCAAUGCUAUACUGAUAUGUACUGAUGAAGAAAAGGUAAAUUUUUGAGACAAGAAAAUAUGUAAAUAAAAAUGUGAACUGCCUCCUUCAACUUUGCACUUUUCAUGCAUAUUAUACCAGCAUGUGGUUCUGACUUUUGAUGGUGUGGAUGAAAUCGUAACUUAAAACCUCUUCAGAUUAGCACUUUCACUUUGUACUACUGCAUUAAUGUCUUCACGAUCUUUAGAUCAGUACAUUUUGGGAUUUUUCUUUAGUUUGAGCUUUUGAGAGGUUAUUACUAUCAACACUCCACCCCCCUUACACUGUUGUUAACUACAGUACAGUCACUGUAUAUGAGAGAAAUUUUAUUUUUGGAAAAUGCACGACGUUAUUUAGUUCAUUGGUAACAGUGUUUCCAGUAUAUUUCUUUUCAAAGUGACAAUCAUGUGCAAUCAUAGCAAACAUCUCAUAUUCCUAAAAUAACAUGAUGCUAAUUUCAAACCACAGAAUUUUAAUAAGUGGAGUAUGAUAUCUAUCCUUUGUGUCAUGUUUAAAUUUUUAAGUUUAAAAUAACAAAAUUUUUUCAAUUAAAACUACAUGUUAUUGUCUUAGAUAUAAGACCAGUCAAAAUGUUACAUGUAAUGGCAUAUUUAAUUAUGAUGGGUCACAAACAAUAAUAAUUUUUAUGCAGUCUAACAGUUUAAAACAUAUUGCUGAUAAUAAUAAUUUUGGAUUACAGCACUUCUUCUCUUCAUUCUUGUCGAGGGAAACUGUAUACAAGCUUCUUGUUCAAGUUUGGGAUGAAGUGAAAAACAAACAACAGGUUAGUAUUAAUGAUAAUAAUAAUAAUAAAGAAAUUUAAGAAGAUUAAUAACUACUCGGACCUGGGAGUAGAAAUUGCUAGAGUAUCGAACAUGUUGAGAGAAGUAGUUCCUGUGGUGAUUGGUGCCCUUGGCUCCAUUCCUAAGAAUUUGUAUCGCCACCUUGAAAGUCUUGGGAUUAAAGUGCAUGUCUCGAUGAUGCAGGAAUCAGCAUUGCUUGGUACAGCUAAUAUCCAGCGAAAGGUGCUUCUUUCUGAGGUCAUUGACUUGAUAGACAGAACACUUUAUGUCAAGAGCUCCAGUACCAAUUAAUGUUGAGGAUAAUGAUGAUGAUGAUGAUGAUGAUGAUGAUGAUGAUGCUGAUAAUAAUACUCCAAAAUUUAAAUUCAUACUUGGCUCAGAGGCUUGCAGUAAUAAAGCAAUGGUAUCAACUUGUGUUUCAGGGAUUCUUUUGUUUUAUUUCCUAAAGCCUGAAAAUCAAGUAUGAAUAAUAUGUAUUUUAAUUUAUCAAAAUUGAGCCAGCCAAAUGUAGGUAUACUCCAUGAAUUGGGCUGAAAGACCUUGCUGAUUAUAUUAUUAUCCUAAAAGAUGAAAAACAACCCUAAAGCAAAAUAAUUUUGUUGAGUGAUGUGUGUGUAAUGUUUAGCAUUAAAACAAUUGAACAAUUAAAUAUUAUUUAAACAUUUCUCAGUACCAUGUUUGACAGAAAAUUGAAGAUGCAGGCAACAAAGUAAAUACAGUGUGGUUAAAAUUAAAGGUUAUUAAUUUUAAGCAAUAGAAAACGUUUUCCUUGUUUGCAUAGCAGUUUGCAUAGCUGUCGAACAUUCUCCCAACGCCUCGAGUGUUUAUAUCAGGCUAUGCAAACACAGGAAAAAAAGUUUUCUAUUGCUUUUAUAAAAUAAAUUUCCCGAGAAAAAACGCAAAACUCUUUGCAUGGCACUGAUUAAAGGAGAAAUUCUUACCAGUCGCAAAGUCUUGUCCACGAAGUCUUGUACGCGUAAUCAGUUCUUGUUUUGCAAAAAGAUGCUUUCCAAAAUGCGGACUUUUCUCGCUUAAAAUGUCAGCUUAAGCGAAAAAAAAUUGACACACUUUCUUUGUAACGAUUUUCCAAGUUUCAGCCGAUGAAGGAAUAGGUAAAUAAAGUGAACUUGUCGAGUUUUGAACUUGAAAACUUUUUCAAAUUCGUGCUUGCGUGAUUAGCGCGCGAAAAGCCAAGCAACUUGACGCCACAACCAUGUUUACAUACUCUCAUGCAAACGCUCCUCUCAGCCAAUCAGAGCGCGCGUACUACCUUAGUUAUUUUAUAAAGAUCAUCUCAUAUUGGUAUUUCUGUAAUAAAGCAGUAUGUAAAUGUUAAGUGCAUGUUUUUCAUUUUUUUUAACCAAAUUAGAAGUCAGAUACAUCAAAAGAAGAAAUUCAGGUGAAUAUCAUCAAAUUAUGACAGCACUAUAAACAUAAUAAUAAAUUUUGGUUAAUCAAAUCCUUUUUUUUUUGUUUCACUUCCCAAUGGAUGCAACAUCCCAAUUUGUUUUAAUCUAAUCUUUUCAUUGAACCUUUUAAACCCUAAUGUCAAAAUUUAAAUUCUCAUUUGUUGCCUUUAUAAUCUUCCCAAUUCCCAAUUCCAGAAAGUUUGUAAACAUGGCUUUGUGUGAAAUGUUAAACAAAAAGUGGCAAAUGUCGUUAUUACUUUACAUAUUAUUAAAAUAUGACUGUAAAAUUUUCUAAGAACUAACAAAAUCAUCUAACGCUCAGUAAUUUAAUAUUAUUAGGCCCUGUACACUACAAGAAAAAAUGGAGUCUGCUAUUUGCAAAAAAUGUGAAAAUUUGGGACUUGUUUGCACCUGAGACACAAGAAAGUUUUCCUGUAACCAAAAUGUCACUUAAAGGACUAUAAUAUAUUAUUGGUCACAUUCACGAAAUAAGAUGACCGGAUGAAGGAUAGCUGUCAAGGAACAAAGGAUUUUGAAGCAAAAAAAAAUUGUAGGGCUCCAAAUCUUCUCGAUGCCAGUUUUGAAGUUUGGUGACAUUUGAGAAAAUUUUGGUAGGUGAAAAAAAUUGUUUGCCCUAGAAAUGGCUUCCCAUUUUUUGCAAAACAAAUGAAAUUUUGCAUGGUGCAAACAGGGCCUUAAUGGCAAAAAGCUGGGCAUGAUAUAUGUGGUUGGUAGAAUUAUUUGCCAAUUUUAUUACUACCAAACCCAAAGGGAAACAAAAAUAACAAAAACCAUGACUACAAACAAGCAAACGAGCAAAUUUUAUUUAACACGUUCAAUGACUCCCUUCCAAUGCAAAUGCCAAAUUCAACUCAAAGCAAACUUCUUCUAUUGGUAAUUUACUGCAAAAGAAAUACUUGUAUACUUCCAAGAACAUCGUAACGACACCUAAUUUAGAUGAAUUUUUACGUAAGCUUUUUGAACAAUAUCACAUUGAAAAUUGUGGCAAACAAUAUUAAAUAUGUGUGGCAACUGACAGGUUUUUUAUCCUGCAAUACUUUUUGUUUUUAUUGUAAUUUGUUUUGUUAGUUACUGACUUAGUUAUUUAUUUAUUCUUUUAAUUUGUGCUGUGUAUUAAUGUUGUUAAUUUGUUGUCAAUAAAAAAAUAAAAAAUGAAUAAAAUAAAUAAAUAAACCCCAACUACUUAAGGUGUAGAUGUUUUCAAACUUGUAAGGUAAUCAAAAGAGUACAGCGAUUGAAAGCCAAGAAAGGAAGUGUUAAAUUAACUUUCAUCACCAGCUUCAAACGUCAUGUGUCUUGUCUUUUCUGGUCUGCACUAUAUAAAAUAGCUGAUUGUAAUGAGUUUGCAUAUUUUAUAGAUGAGUGGCUCAUGUCCAGAUGACCAGCAAACACAGGGCAUAGAUGGUGAACCUGAUGCUAGAGAGGAUGAUGGUGAAAAUGAUGGUAAUUUUUAAUUAUUAAUCUCUCACUUGCUUAUUGGCUCCUGUACAAACCACUUUAGCAAUACAUGCAUCAUAGAGUACUAAAGUGAUGACGUCAUAAAAAUGAAAUUUCUGAAAUUAUGGGAUUGGUCCGGAUAUUCUGAAAGAACAAUGUCCAAGAGGCCUACUUGCCAAAAAUGAGCAUUUGGGGGCAAAUUGUCUCUGAGAUCGUAGCCCAGUUAUGCUUACAAAACUCCAUACAAACCCUUCUAAAUUUUUUUUGGGUCGACCCAAAAAAAAAUUAGAAGGGUUUGUAUGGAGUUUUCUGAGUAUAACUGGGCUACGAUCUCAGAGACAAUUUGCCCCCAAAUGCUCAUUUUUGGCAAGUAGGCCUCUUGGACAUUGUUCUUUCAGAAUAUCCGGACCAAUCCCAUAAUUUCAGAAAUUUCAUUUUUAUGACGUCACACUUUAGUACUCUAUUAAACUAGCUUGAAGUCAAAUGCCUACAAAUUAUGUCAGCAGCAAACAGCAAAUGUCAGAUUCAAUUUGAGAAACUCUCUCAAACUAGAAAAUGAACAGUUUAAAACAGCUCAAGGCAAUUUUUAUGGAUAAAUCUAACAUGAAUCCACUGAUUUCCAUGAAGUUAUAAUGAAUGGAAAAUGACAAGUAAAGGGAAAACUUGGUCUCUUGGUACAAAUUCACGUUUUCCAUUUGCCAUAAACGUGACUCUUAAUCUCUCUAUUGACAAAAAUACAAAAAAAUUAGCCCACGAAAACAGCCAUCUCUCCUUGCUCCAAGGCAAGAGAUGUUUUACAGGAGUGACAUCUGCACCUCAACAACAGAAAUUCCCUAGUGGCGAAGAGCAAGGAGUGAUGGCUGUAUUUGCAGGCUACCAAAAAAAGAGCAUAAGCUGAACAUGACCCAUGACCCAUUUUGUUCUCGUGGGAACAGUACAGGCAAUUCCCAGUAGGCAAGCAAGUUCUAUCUCCAGUUUUUCUACAUCUGGCACCUUUCUGUUUGAACAUGACAUUGUCAAGAGUUAGGUUUCUUUGACAGAUCAAAUUUCCUCAGUCACCACAAUUUCUUUUGAGAUUUCAUUGAUGUACAUAUGGGCCCAUUCUAACAUUGGUUUGACAGGUUUUAAUCAAAUUUUAUUGUCAGUGUCUGAUGGGUUUGGUGUCAGCAGUGAAUAAACUUUGCUGAACUUAUUACUUCCAGAAUGUAAUGAGGAGCACUUAAGCUGCUCUGCGGAACAUGGAGAAAACACAUCAGGAUGCGUUGAGUGUCAACAGGCUAGACUAACACCAACAGACAAGUUAACAUAUGAUGAGACAGACAUGGUGUUAAAUACAUCAUCUCUCCCUGAUAAAGACCAGCAGAACCCCUCGGAAUCCUCGAGAAUUUCUGGCUGUGGUAAUAAAAUAAGAUAUUAUACUAUAAAAUUAAUGUGCAGAUGAGUCAUAAUAUUUGGAAUACUGAUACCUGUGGGAGGGUGGGUCCCAAUAGGUUUUUUAGGAUCUGGGAUAUGUCUUUUAUAUGCCCAGGAUGUGGAAUUUUUUUAGAGGAAAGGGAGAGAACAAUUUGGAACUCUUCUAUGGAUGGGAUGGGAUUUCAUUUUGCCAGUUUAGCAAUGUGGAUAAUAUGCGGAAGAGCAUUUUGCACAUUUGGCUCAAAAAUUCAACAUAGGCUUUUUUCUCCAACCCUUCAAUUUUGUUUUAAUCCAGAACACCAUUAUUAAUGUCAGGAAUCAUUUAUAAAUCAUUGUUAUUCUUUGUAGAAUAAAUUUUUCUGACAAAGAAUAAGAACUGAUGGUAUGAUUUACUUGAUAAACUAUAUUAUUGAGACCUUGCUUUUGAACUGAAUUUAUUUUUGUGUUUCAGCUGGUAUUGCAAUGUUCCUAGCUUCAGUCGCUGAGACUGUGUAUUCAUAUUUGCAAGUCAGUUUUAGAUUAGUUCAAAGGUGAGUCAUGCCAGAUAUAAUUGCCAGAAUUAAAAAGGUGGUGGACAAAACACUGACCCCCAGUCCAUGGACUGCCCAUAUGCAGGGGCGUAGCUCCCAUAUGCACAUACGCCCGUGCGUACAUGUAGAGCUGAAAUUCUGGAAAAAUACACAUAUAAUAUAUGUUUUAUUUUCUGAAAAAGUAUUUUUUAUGAUCAAAUCGGGAUGACUGAUACAUUUUUUGUUAGGGGUGUUUUGUUUUCUUUGUUUUACGUCAGCUGUGAGUGAUAAAUUAUAUUACACCGAAGAUGAGACAUUUUUUGCCAGGGCAAAUAUCCUUAUGCUAAAUGAAAAAAUGUGUUUACUAAACAGUACUUUUGUCUUUAAUUAAUGUUUAGGCUUUCAAGAGAACAGCCAUUUUAUAUAGUAACUUCUAUUAUGUAAGUAUCUACCUGGACAAGUGAAUUUUGUAGUACUCACUGAAAGAAAAUAAAUAAUGAAGGCCAAAGUUUUCUUGUCAGAUGCCAUUUAAACAGAUCAACCACAAGUGAAAUUUUGUUACAUAUUAGUGGACAUGACAAAGAAAUUUAAAAGCUGACGUUUUGAACUCUAGCUUUUUGCUUACCCUUUCCUUUGCUUGCCUUUUGCUUCUGUAACUCAUUCUCUAGCCCUUGAAAUGCAAGCUCUCAAAUAUUGCACGCAUCAAUCAAGCUCUCUUUUUGAGCUCUGUUAAAAGCAUUAGUAGUGACUUUUUGUGCAUACAGACAUCAUCAAAGUAAACUUGCCCGGUGGGGUUUGCCUUCAACCUGGAAUCCGAAGUCUGGAAAAAACCCACGCUGAACGCUGAAAUGACUCUCAAGUGUAGUGAUUAGGGUUAGGAAACCGAGUGAACCUUUCAGGUCAGUUAACCCAGUAUAAUGACCCGAAAUGGACCUAUUCACUCAGUUUCCUAACCCUAAUCACUAAACUUCCGUCAUUCAACAUUCAGCGUGGGUUUUUUCCAGAUUCUGUGUUUUAGGCAAACCCUGCGCGGUAAGGUAACUAGAGGGGUAGAAAAGAUUUGCCUCUAUGAUCACGGAAUACUCAGUUGCCCCUUAGAAGUUGCUCUUGCCUAUGUCCUCUUGGUUUGCUUUGCUUGCCAAUUACAGCUGAGAUCCCUAGCACACAGUUAAUGGCCCAAAAAUAUAACUUACAUCUCCUUGGUUAAUAUUCCUAGGGAAUACCCCAUGCUGUCUGCCAGCUGGGUGUUAACUGACAUCUUCUUGUAAUCUGAUCAUUUGUGUUGCUCAGUCGCUUCAUUUGCUGUUUCAAUUCCCUCCCUCCCAACCUUGGGGCUUCUCUCGAGUCCUCAGGGCCUUGGUUCCUUCAUUGAAGAUGCCCAAACAGAUUCACUGUCUUGUUGUUCACUAAGGUGUGUGGGGGACACAAGGGAUUAAUAUUUUAGGGAGUAAAAACUAAACUUCACCCGUAUUAUCUCCUCCUUUGAAACAACAACACCACCGCCUGAGUAUUUUCUAAAAGUUAUUUUUUUAUGUUGGGCAGUUUAGUCUCUUUUAAUUGCCAUUCUUAGGACUUUGAGGUUCCAAAUAAUGAUGUUGCUGUUGAAAAUUAUCCUCUUCUUAGCUAUGCUCUGUUGUACUUGGUGUACUUAAUAUUUUAAUCACCUUUUGUCAUUUCAGGAUACUCUGUUUGAUGAUGUGUAGUUUUUUCCUGUUGCAUCGUAUCUCUUUACUGGAACCAAAGAUCAUGGCAAAAACAGCACAUCCCCCUGAAAAAAUUCUCCUGUGAGUUCAUCAUUCUGUUCUAAAGAAAAAUCUCACAUGGGUUUUAAUUGAACAUUGGUUUCAUUUUUAUAAAGUCAAGGAGCAUUGUGUACAUGUAUAAUAGACAGAUUCAGGUUUAGUUUAGUAUUUGAAAUACCUUGCGCAAUAUUUUCAGAGGCCCACCGUCUCACAGAAGUAAACAGAAGUAAAAUUGUUUCAUCCAAAUUUAGCCUAAGAAUACAUCCAUAUCUCUUUUCUCCUUUCCACAGUGGGUAAUGUUUCAUGAGAGCUCUGUUAAUGUCCCAGUAACAGGGAACAAUGGGAGGCAGCAAAGCUAAUCCAAAUCCAUUAAAGAUCUUUUUAACAAAAUAUUUUCAUUAAUUAAUUAUUGUCAUGAUUUUUAUUAUUUUUACCCUUUAAUUUGUAUUAAAGUUAGCUUUUUUUUCCAGUCAUCAGUCUAUGUAUCAACUUUGGAAGCUCCGUCAGGAAGUUUUUGAUGCAGAGGUUCUCAGGUAGGGUUUAAAGUCUCUUUGUAGGCUACCAGAGAUAAUGACAAGCCAAGUUUUAUUUACAGAAAGUACAAUAUUCAAAGUUGAUGACUUUUACAAAUGCCUUUUCUUCUUUUACAGAUUUAAAACAAUAGUAGCUGCCAAUUUAAACGCUAUAGCACAGGUACAAUUUUACUGUAAUUUUGCCUAUUUAUUUAAGGGUAUGUCGAAUUAAAGGCCCCACAAAAAAGGGUAUAUAAACAAAUAGUGAGUGGAUGUGAUUUUUAAGAUACCUUUAUGUUAUCUGUUAGUGGCACUUUGUCUACCACACUGCAGAUCAUGUUCAAGUCAUGGUCCUUUCUCUUGCAGGUGCGAAAAACACUUAAGAUGUUGGAAGACGAUCUAGGAGCUCAUAUAAGUAGAAAUUGCACCUUACUAGAUGACAAUUUGUGUGUUCAAAUUUAAAAAAAUAUUUUAGAAUUAAUUGCUUGUGGAAACACCAUGUUCAAAAUGACUUAAUAUCCAAUUUCACUCAAAAUAUUCAUUUCUUACUGUAAGACUGCAUGUUUGCCUAGCAACAGUGUGAAAACUGCAGGCUCAGAUUUAUUUGACUUACUUCAUUCUCUGGCAAGUACUGUACAAAGAUUUUAUUCCUUGACGAUGAGUAGUGUUGGAUCAGAAUAAGGUGAGAGUGACACGCACCGAUGAUCACCCCCUCCCCCUUCCCAUGCAUGCAUUACUCCUCCUUGCACUCUCUGAGAAAAUAAGAGACAACUUUCACAGCCUUGAAAUUGUUUCUAUCACUGUAUUAUUAUAUCUUUCAAAAAGAAAAAAAAAUACUUCUGAUAAUAGAAACUGCUUCAAUUGAAAAUCACUGUGGUUUAACAAUCAAGGAAGCAACAGUGGCGCUCUUUAAAAGAGCAGACGUAUUUAUUUCCGUAAUUUUAUACACAUAUAUUUAAUCAACAUGAACGUAUUUUGUAUUUAAAAUUGAAACAAACUCUUAAAUAUAAUUUGUAUUUGUCAAUGUAUAUAAUUUGAUACAAUACCUAAAAAUUAAUGCCAAGUCUUCAAGUUUUUGGUCAAUUUGUUAAAAUAGAGUGUUGUUAAAACAAUAUUAAUUAACCUAAGAAAGUAUUUCACUGAGAAAUGGUAAUGCUGGCGUUAGCAUCUCUUAGUGGAAGCAACCAUGCUGUCUAAGCAUUAUCCUUUCACUUAAUUUGUCAUGACAUAGUUGCAAGUGUUACUUUUUCAUAAUUUAGUAUUUUAUUACAUAUUUAGGUACAUGUACAUUGCAGUCUCAUAUUGAGUUAAAUUUGCCCAUAUUAAUUUCAAGGUUUCCUAGCAGGUCAUUAGAAUUUAGGACAGUAAGGAAUAUAAAGCAGCUUAGCAGAUUUAUGAUUUGAUGAACAGACCAGGUGCAUGCUGGUGGUGGCUUAGCCUCCCACGCAAAUGUUCUUAGGCCUGCCCCAUGAACAUGUUAGAGGAACAAGUGACAAACCCCUAAGAACGUCUGCUAGGGAGGCUAAUGGCGGCUCUGCUGCCAAAACUUUUUCCCCAAGAUCGCACAAGUGAGCUUGCUCACAGGCUAACCAGAUAGCUCUCUCAACAUGAAAAAUAUUCCAGCCUGGUUUGAAUAAACGCCUGUUGACUCUGCCACAAAGAGUGGC